AUGGCGCAGAAGUCACUGCGGAGCAAGUCGAAGCACAAGAGCGCCGGUGCGUUGCGCAAGUACGUCGGUGAGGCCAAGAAGAAAUCCACAUACACAAAGGCUAAGAAGACGCCAGAGGCGAAGGCGAGGGCAAACUACAUCAGCGCUGUCGAAUCUGCCAUGGCAUCACGCGUGCCUUCUGAUCAGCGGUCGAAGCUGUCGAUCGUGAAGUCCAGUGGCCCUACACUGGCGAAGAAGCACAUAAAGAAGCCUUUAACCCGCGGCCGCAAGCGCAAGGGCGGCGAGUAA